AUGCCGUUCAAAUCCCGCUGGGAGAUCGAGGUUCCAAAUACCCACCUGGCUUCCCUCCUAUUCACCUCUCCCACCCAUCCUCUGUCCAAAACGCAUCGAAGCUUCUCGGAGGCCGCUCGCCCGGACACCCACUACUUCACCACCCAUGAUUUUCGAUUAUGGUGUCAACGAUUUGCAGCCGGGUUGCUCAAGUCCGGUCUCCAGCCGGGAGAUCGAGUGCUUCUUCUCUCGGGGAAUGAUAUCUUCUUCCCCGUGGUCUUCCUGGGGGUAGCUAUGGCGGGGGUGGUCUUUACUGGAGCCAACCCCACCUACGUCGCGAGGGAGCUGGCAUAUCAGUUACAGGAUAGCGGUGCAACCUACCUUAUAUGCGCCGAGGGUAGUCUUGACACGGGUAUUGAGGGCGCCAAAAUAGCAGGGUUGGGUCUGGACAAGGUCUUUGUCUUUAACGAUGCUAUUUAUGACGGGAAGGGUGAAGGAAAGAAAGGAUGCAGGGACUGGGGCGAGCUGAUCGCAUCCGCGGAGGAGGGAAAUGCAUUUGCUUGGGAUCCUCUCUCGACUCCAGAGAAGGCUAGCCAAACCCUUGCCCUCAACUACUCGAGUGGCACCACAGGAAAGCCCAAAGGGGUUGAAAUUUCCCACAAAAACUACUGUGCCAAUAUGCUGCAGUAUAAUCACUUAUUCUAUAUGAGUCCUGAUUGGAAGGAGAAAGAAAAGCGCGCAAGAUGGUUGUGCUUUCUCCCCAUGUACCAUGCAUUGGCGCAGAAUAUCUUCAUUGCAGCUGCAUUGAACCGCGGGGUACCGGUCUACAUCAUGCCGCAGUUCGAUUUCCUGAAGAUGCUCGAGUACACGGAAAAGUUUCGCAUUACCGACUACAUCUUGGUGCCGCCCGUGGUGGUUGCCUUAGCCAAGCACCCAGCGGCGAAAAGCGGCAAGUACGACCUCAGCAGCGUGGAAUUGAUUGGGAGUGGAGCUGCCCCGUUGGGACGAGAUGUGUGUGAAGAGGCUGAGGCUCUAUGGCCGCCUGGAUGCAUCAACGUCAAACAGGCGUGGGGAAUGACUAAGACUACGUGUUCAGUUUUGGGGUGGAGCCCCAAUGAUAUCAGUCAUUCGGCUUCGGUUGGAGAGCUUAAUGCAAACUGCGAGGCGAAAAUCAUGGAUGAUGAUGGCGUGACGGAGUUGGGGCGGAACCAACGCGGAGAGCUCUGGGAGCUGAUCAAAGUGAAAGGCAACCAGGUUGCCCCAGCAGAAUUGGAGGCCCUUUUGUUGGAACACCCUGCGGUUGCUGAUGUUGCUGUUAUUGGAGUUCCAAGUAACAAUGAUGAAAGCCCUCGCGCCUAUAAUGUGUUAAAACCUGGGCAUAGCGCCACCGCUAACGAUGUUAUUGCCUUCAUGGAUGGAAAAAUCCCAAAGAAUCCAUCAGGCAAAAUUUUGCGAAAGGUUCUCCAAGAACAGGCCAAAGAGGAAAUGCAAACAAAUGGCGCUGUUGCAAAAUUAUAG